GAUGGAGAUGCUCGAUGCAGCGUUGCCGGAGUUUCAGGUUUUUCACUUGAAAGGGAGCCCUGCUGACUGGGGUCACAUUGGAAUGGCCCGCCCACGUGUGUGGUCCAUCGUGUACCAUCGGGAGAAGGUAGAGGUGCUCUUCAAUCCAGGCGAGGUCUAUCAGAUCCUCUGCUGCACCCUACGCAAAGGCUUGGGGAGCCUUCCUGCGUCCAUCUUCUGGCAGCACACGCCGCCUGCUGACGUGGUCGCGAUGGAGAACAGUAUCAGGGAGCAGCGGCAGCUGGCAGCCCUGAGCUCUGGCCCAUCAGAUGACUGGUCCUACCUGCUGACAGAGAGCCAGCAGAGGCACUUGAGUGGUUAUGAAGCGAAGUGGAGACAGCUUCAUGGUGGUCCUUCUGAUCUCGACGACGGCUGUGUCUUCGACCUGAGCCAGAAUCCUGAGCACUGCUGUCUUUGGACGUCACGACACGGGUCCCUCCCGACCUUCCGGCGCAAUAGUAAGCUAUGGGUUCCGUGUUUGAAACGAUUCCUCUUGCCGCGUGAGGCGGCCCUUCUCAUGGGCUUCAGCGGCCCAUCUUUGCAGCACGUGCAUCAAAACAAUGUCGGGAAUGCGAUGAGCUUGCAGACGGUGGGUCUGAUGAUUCUGGCUGCUCUUUUAAGUGCGGCCCCUCUCCCCAGGGCAGCUCCAGGCCCGGAAGUGCCUGGAGCUGCCCACGUGACUGCGGUGAAGAAUUAA